CGGGGCGGAGCGGAACGGGACGGUCCCCGCGCUGCCCGCCGGCCGCCGCCCCGCCGAGCCCCGCAGCGGCGGUGCCGCCAGGCGCGGGGGGCGCGGCGGGGCUGUGGCGGCGCUGCCCGGGCGGGCGGGCGGCCCCUCUCCCCGAACAAAGGGCCGAGCGCGCCGCGGGCCGGCGCGGGCACAGCGGGGGCUGCGCGGGCGGGCUCCGACCCCCCCGCCCGCCUCGGGGGGAGGCGCCCGGAGCGGCGCGGGGCCCGGCCCGCCGGGAGCCGCCGGGGAUUGGCUCGGCCGAGCGCGAUCCGAAGGUGCCGGGGAAGCCAUCUGCAGCGCAGGCGGUUUCGCCGCCGCUGUGCGGGGGGAGGGAGGGGGCUCUCCCGUGCGGGAGACUGGGGGAUUUUUUUUUUUUUUUUCCCUUCCUACCUUUCACCCCCCCACCCUCCUCCUCCUUCCUUUUCACGGGAUCAUGGCCACGGCGGCGGGGCCGUGAUGUCCGCGGGAGCAGCCCCGCUGCGGCAAUGCUCCCCGCCGCAGCUCUAGGCAGGGGAGGCGUUUGAGCGGCGGCCGCAGAUCCUCCGGCACCGCGGCGGCACCGCCGCCUCUCCGCGCCCCGGACCGGCGGAGAGGCGCUUCGCCGCCCGCCCGCCAACGGCACACCCGCCGAGCCGGGCUUAAAAUUGAUAAUAACCACACUAGAGCCCCACCGGUGCUCAGAGGCAGGAGGGAUCGCAGAGCCGCGCACAACAUGGCCACUCUGCUGCGGAAAAUCGGGCUGAUCCGGCUGCACAGCCGGGACACGGAGGACCCCAAGCACCACCACCACCGCAGCAGCAGCCAGCAGGGCUCCUCACUCCGCGGGAGAGGCAACCAGAAGAACAGCAGCAACAAGCCGCAGCCGCAGGGCCCCCCCGGGGGUGGCUGCAGCAGCAGCAGCAGCGAGGGCAGCCCCGGGGGCCACAAGAACAAGAAGGCGCCGGAGCCGGCCAAGCAGCCCCCGCAGCAGCCGCGCUCGGGAGCCGGCCGGGAGAAGCCGCGGGAGCUGGGCAGGGAGCCCGGCGCCGGCAAGGAGGCGGCGCAGCGGCCCGGCCCCGGCUCCGGCCCCGGGUGCGGGUCCGGGCCGACGGCGCUGGUGCCCGCGGGCCGGCAGCAGCACUGCACGCAGGUGCGGACCCGGCGGCUGAUGAAGGAGCUGCAGGACAUCGCGCGGCUCAGCGACCGCUUCAUCUCGGUGGAGCUGGUGGACGAGAGCCUCUUCGACUGGAACGUGAAGCUGCACCAGGUGGACAAGGACUCGGUGCUGUGGCAGGACAUGAAGGAGACCAACACGGAGUACAUCCUGCUCAACCUCACCUUCCCCGACAACUUCCCCUUCUCGCCGCCCUUCAUGAGGGUGCUUAGCCCCCGCCUGGAGAACGGCUACGUCCUGGAUGGCGGGGCCAUCUGCAUGGAGCUGCUCACCCCCCGCGGCUGGUCCAGCGCCUACACCGUGGAGGCCGUCAUGAGGCAGUUCGCCGCCAGCCUAGUCAAGGGGCAGGGCCGUAUCUGCAGAAAAGCUGGCAAAUCAAAAAAGUCAUUCAGUCGAAAGGAAGCUGAAGCAACAUUUAAGAGUUUGGUGAAGACCCAUGAAAAAUAUGGGUGGGUCACCCCGCCCGUCUCUGAUGGCUGAUGUUAGCAACCUGCACUUGACAAAAAUGCUGAACAAAAGUACUGUGACAUCUCCUCAGUGCUGUACACCGCCCAUCCUUUUCUACUUCAGCUUCAGUUACAUACCAUGAAUGUCAAGGAGACAUCUAAGUUAUUUAUGAACAGAUGUGUUUACAGAGGGAGAGAAAAAAAAUGCUGUGUAGGAUUAUAUUUCAAGACUGGAGAAUGGUCAUCUAUGAAGUCACUUGAGCGGAUGCUGAGAUUGCGUCAUUUGCCCCCAUACAGCCCACAUUGUCUUCAGCUUCUUUCCAUGACAGCAGCACCAAACAGCAGUACUGGAAAGUCUAUCCAUUACUGCUCAGUUCAUUUAAAUGUAAAUGAAACCGUUAAUAUUUAAUAGGGAAGCAGUGCAUUGCAGGUACAUGUUUGCUGUGCUGUUUAUCUUUGUCUCCUAGCAGGUCAACAUAACUUGAAGAUUUGUCUUUAUGUGGAACUGUGGUCUGCUGUGACUAAAUUUAGACCUCAUUUGUGCUCUAUAUAUGACCUUUAAUUCAUAAAUGAAACCAGAAUUAAAACGCUGAAAGGUCCUAGUGUUGAAAAAUUAUUAAGUGGAAUCACCCAACCGGUUACAAUGUGCUUUCUGUGCUGAUAUUGUGAUGUGCUGUUCAGAAAUAAACCAGUGCAGUUAGCUGAAGGUUAGGUGGUUUUUUAAAACACGUCCACACCAGGGCUCAGAGGGGUUGGUUGGUGGUAGCAGAAAAAUUAUUACCCUGGCAGUACCUUCUGCAGUAAGCAUGUGGCCAGUCAGUUCUUCAAAACAGCAAAACAAACAAGUGGAAAUGGACAAAGCAACCUUAAAAUUUUAUCUGUUUAAUUUUGAAAUUAUAUGCCAGUAACAGAGUAAAAAUUUUCAAGUCAAAUGGAACAUGGUUUGUAAGAUGAUUUGCAUGACUGGAAUUUUUCUUUUUUAUUUUUACUCAAUAGACAUUGUAUGUACUUAGAGCCCAGUAUCUGAGAAAACCCACUGAUGUAUAUAAAUGUCCUAUUAUUUAAUCAUUAAAAUUUAAGUUUUCUGGUAAACAAAUUGAAAAAAACAACUUUCUAAGGGACUCCAUAAAAGCUGAAGGUAAUGUUAAGAAUGGUAUAGAAAAGCAUUAAAAAAUGUGAAUUCCGAAUGGAAAAUCGUAUUGGACACGUGCUGAAUAAAAUCACCAGUAUCGUUUC